UACCAACCCCCCGCCAUCUUUCGCGCUUGUCAACCGUCAUCCGUUCUGAAUUUACUUCACUUCCAGUCUGUUUACUUCAGUUUGCUAUGAAGUGCCGUGUGGUGAUUACGUGCGUGAGGUUGUAAAAUGGCGGCUCCCCUGACACAGGAACAAGAGAAUGCAACGAAAGAAUUCAUCGAACGCGUCAACGCGCGCUACCGCCGGAAGUUGUUCGGUUCGCCAUUGCCGUGGUCGACGGCGGUGCGUUUUUUGUACGCCCGCAAGUUCGACGUGAAUCGGGCUCUGGCCCUGUUCGAGCAACACGAGGCGAUCAGACAACGAGAGGGCCUAAACCGUUUCGACCCCAUGAACGAACCCCUUCACGGCGAACUACUCACCGGCAAAUUCACCGUUUUGCCAAACAGGGACCCGUCCGAGGCCGCCAUCGCCGUGUUCACCGCCCACAAGCACGUGCCCGCCAGUAGCACUCACCAGACUACGUUGCAGGGUUUGGUUUACCAGCUAGACGUGGCGCUUCAGAACCCGUUGACGCAGAGGUCCGGCAUCGUCUUCAUAUACGACAUGUCAAAUUCGAAGUACUCCAACUUCGACUACGACCUGUCGCAGAAGAUUCUGACCAUGUUAAAGGGCGGUUACCCGGCUAAGCUUAAAAAGGUCCUGAUCGUGACGGCGCCGCUGUGGUUCAAGGCGCCGUUUAAGAUUCUGCGACUGUUCGUGCGCGAGAAGCUUCGCGAACGCGUCUACACGGUGUCGGUGGCGCAGCUGCUGGCCCACAUACCGAGAGAGUCGCUGCCCGCGCAGCUAGGAGGCUCCCUUGUCCUGGACCACGAUGGUUGGCUCGAGCACUGUCUCGCUUCCAUGACUACGUCGGCGGUUUCGUCACCGGUGCCCCUUUACGAUGGCAAAACUCCGGUGUCUCAGAAACGUAUUGGCAUACCGGCCGAUAUCGACAUCACUGGAGGCAAAGACGCGCCUCCGGACACGUGGUCCUCCGAGGAAGCCAACCUGAACCCACCGUCGAGCGCUUCCAGCGGUUUCAGCGAUGACGAUUCGUUGCACGGCGACGGUGCCGCCAUGACGAUGGUCCAGCUGGUCGAAUACGUGAGGGAUCGAGGCCGGUCCGGUUUGAUGCAGGAAUACGCGGAGAUCAGGUCUCGACCGCCCGACGGUACCUUCAAUGUGGCCAAAUUGAAGAACAACUUGCCCAAGAACCGUUAUACGGACGUGCUGUGCUACGACCACAGCAGGGUGAUAUUGUCCGAAAUCGAUUGUGAUAAAGACAGUGAUUAUAUUCAUGCGAACUUUGUCGACGGGUACAAACAGAAGAACGCUUUUAUCAACACGCAAGGUCCGUUACCGAAAACUACCGCUGAUUUUUGGCGAAUGAUUUGGGAGCAGCACACGUUAGUCAUAGUGAUGACUACCAGGGUGAUGGAGAGGGGCCGGCCCAAGUGUCAUCAGUACUGGGAGACGGAGGAGGGCGCGGAAGCUUCUUACGGGUACUUCGCCGUCAAAACUGUGACGGUAGAAACGGAUCCCAACUACACGGUGACCACAAUCCAAUUAACGAAUAAAAAGACGGAAGAAGUGCGGGAGGUGUCGCACUGGCAAUUCACCUCGUGGCCCGACUACGGGGUGCCGUCGUCCGCCAAAGCCAUGUUGGAAUUCCUAGAUCGGGUGCGGAGAAAACAGGCCAGUAUGGUGAACGCUUUGGAGGAUAUGUGGGCGGGGCAUCCCAGGGGACCACCUAUAGUUGUACAUUGUAGCGCGGGGAUAGGACGGACGGGGACGUUUUGCACCCUGGACAUUUGCAUAUCUCGACUCGAAGACUUGGGCACGGCCGAUAUACGGGGCACGGUCGAAAGGAUCAGAUCGCAACGAGCUUACUCCAUCCAGAUGCCGGACCAGUACAUUUUCUGCCAUCUGGCGUUAAUCGAAUACGCCCUGAUGCGGGGCCACCUCCAGUCCGUCGAUUUAACAGGUUUCGAUCAGGGAGCCGACGAGGAUUCCGAUUAGUUAGGUAUUUUUUUAAAUUAUUAACAGUAAUGGGUACGAAUUGUAUGAAAGGUAAAAGCUCGCGCGCGCGCGCGAGGGUCGAUGAAACUGUUCUGAAAAUUUUCUAAUAUUCCCAGGUAUUCUUCCUAACAUUAAAAAAAUUAUAUUUAUGAGACGAAGUAGUAAUGCAUAUGCAAAAACUAUUAAUAAGUCUCCGCUAGAAAAAACAUUCAGUGGUGUUGAAAAAUAUUUAAAAACAAAGAAAAGUGGUAGAACGGAAACUAACCAAAACACUUUACCAUAUCCAGAACUUAAAAGAAGAAAAAGAUAACCGUCGUGAUGUUUUCUAUGAUUGUUGGGAAUCGGCGCUUUUUGUGUCAUUGUUGUCAUUAAUAACAUCUUGUGUCUAAGUGUUUAUGGCAGUCCCUAUUUAUCUGAGAUUUGAAAUGACAGGUUUUAUUGGUUGAAAUGAGAGGCGCACGCGCCUUCUCAACAUUUUUUGAUGUAUAAAAAUGCCCAUAUUAUCAGCUAAAUAGUUGUAUAAUAAAAUCAAACUAAAAGUAUUUGCUCGGUUAAAUAGAAAGUUAACUGGUUGCUACUGGAUAAUUUAGGUCGACCUCUAAAUUUGCAGACUUCGGUUUUUAGGUCGAUGGGAACCUUGUAAUAAUUAAAUUCUUUUUUCGUGCAUAUCGUUUCAUCCCUCUCGCGCGUGUUCCGCUUUAACCGCGGAACGACGAUGACGAUCAUGAUGCGAUGACGUUUUGACCACGGAGAUAAACGUGGUCGGUGCGAAGGUUGGCCGAUAAAUGUGAUUCAGCGAUUAAAAAUAUUAUUAUGUAUAAUCAAAAUAGAUUUAUUUUUAAGUAGUUCCUUCUGCGGUGCAGGAGAGUAAACCGAGUUUUGAGCGCCCGCAUGCCGACUUUUAUUUUUGUACGGUUGGUAAAACGGAAAACGAAUGCGGGGUCUGUGACUCGAUUUGAGUGUAUAACGAGGACCGGCAAUUAAUGUCAUCCGCAAAAUUACGGAAUAUCGAGCUGGAAAAAAAAGCCACAUGAUGGCCACAACCGAAAAAAAAAAAGGGUCGUUCAAGUUUUAAUGUCAUCGUAACAGACCCAAUGCUGUAUGGUUGUUUGCUAAGGAGGCGCUAGUGAUUUAUUAGAACAAAUUGGAACAUAACGUCUUUAAACUGCAAACAUAUAGCUAUUAGAUAGUAGCCUUACUAUAAAAAAAAAGUAGUACUAUAAAAAAAUUACCAUUGAAAAAACUGGUGUAAGUAGAGAAAAAAGUUAUACAGGGAAAUUUAACACCGACAUUUAAUCAAAAAUGAAUGGAUUUGUGUAUUAUUUUCCCUGCUUACUUUUUGGUGGCGAUAAAGCUUUGACGGAAAUAGGGGUCACCGAUCUCUGGAGCAUUUAGGUUUGAUAAUAGAAAGACAUGACAAUUCUAAAAGGAACCUUGUUAAAGAAUAGAUAUAUUUUAUCCAAAAAUUAUUAAUUGUACUAAAUUUUUCGGACCUUUUGUAUUGGUUCUCCGAGGAUAUAAUAAGAGCGAAACUUCCGAGAAUCCCGUGAUAUUUUGGGGACUUUUUUGGCUGAAUGCGAUACCAAUGCAAUGCGAUGCAAUUCCGAAGAAAUUCGAUUCGAUUCGAAUGGCGAUCAUGGCGGACGAAAAACACAGACGUUGCACCAAUGAAAAAUUGAACCCACUCUGGUGGUUCGAAAUAAUUUUGAUAACAUCAUCAAAAAUCCAUCUAACAGCAGAUUUGAUCAGCGAAUUUCGGCUUUAUUAGACGUUAUUCUAAAUUGUGCAAAAGGUCGAUUUUAUUUUAAAGAGCAUCUAGUAAUUGCAUCACUCUUCCAUGCGGAAUAUUUCGGAGCGUAUUGCAGCAAAUUUCCUGACCAUAAACUCACUUCAGCAUGUUCAUAUUAUUCCACACUCGAUAAAGAACUUUACGAACUGAACUGUCUGAACUGAAAUGACAUUAAAUGAUGCAACACCUGUUCUGAAGUUUUUAAUAAAAAAUAAUCUAGAAGAUACGUUUAAGAAAACUAGAAACUUAUAAGAAAUUGUAAUAACAAUGUCCAUGAAAACAGCAGAAGUCGAACCAAGUUACAAAGUAUAUAUCUCUGAAGUAGAAACUUUUAAUGUGCGAGUCUCAGUGCAUGAACAGGAACUUUAUAAUUUGUUUAAAUUGUUCAUGUCAUUAAAAAAAAAUUGUAUUCCCUUUAAAGAACAGUAAAGUAGUGCUUCUGCAGAUGACUCUCUUUUGUGUGUGACAAUUAGCAACCGUUCCAGAAAUUCAUCAAUUGAGGAUAGAAGUCCAAAAAAGCACGAUAAAAUUGAUUUGACACAACCCCGUUAUAAACUAAAAAAAACUUUAAAAUUUUUUCCACUGUGUUAUAUAUAUCAAGUAGCUAUAUGAUUGCAGACCAUGCUUUAGGUUUACACCGAAAUUAUUUCUGUGGGUUUAGAGCUUCGUAAAUCUAAAAAUAGGGCUUGCCGCGUAUGUGAACGGAAUAUUGCAAUGAAUGAUCCAAUGAAUCAAAAUUGUCCAUAGGGGUUCUUUGGAUAUGGUGCCAUUUUUCUUGCAAUACAUAGUUGUGGGUUUUUCAGUAUUUGAAUAUUUUUAAUGCAAAUACCGGUUAAUAAAAAUUUAUUGAUAUAAGAAAUAACAAUGAAUUUCGGUUAAAACGAUAAGCCAAAAAUGGCGGCGCUAGAGCACUUGGGUCUCGUUACAGAAUGUCGAAUAAUGCAAAUUACCGUGAAUUUUUUCAUAAUCAAUGUGAUGUGAUUUAAAUUAAUUUUUCUCGAUGUCGACGUCGUCCGUGGAUGCCAUUCAACAAUAUCAACGAAACAAAAUAACCAGAGUAGACGCGACGUUUGCGGUUUGGCCUUACCAUACGGCCAAUCCUAAAACUAAGUCUGUGUUUAAUAUUAUCGUAACAAUUGCAUUGUCUUUAAAUGAAAUAUUUGAAAUCUAAUUGUAAUUAUUGUAUAGCGUAAGUUAUAAAAAAAUAUAUCUCCCUCACUCCCUCCCUCUCUCGGACCUGAAUAUUGUAAAGUGCUAUGUAUAAUGUUUAAACCUCCCCCACCCCUCCCUUCCCAAAAAAAAAAAAACACUAAGACUGUCCGUUUUUAAAUCGAAAUUGGUAACCUAAGUUUUUUUGCGUUUGUGGUUGUCCUUAUUGUCCAUUAGAGAUCAAUCGUGGAGAGUACGUUUCCGUUUUAGGAUAAUUAGUGCGGUUCUGUUGCGAAGUAUUAUUUUGUGUAACUAUUUAUGAAACAAUUAUUAAUGGUAUUGUAAAUAUUGUACUUUUUUUCCUUAAUAUAAUUUGUAAACCGCUUUUUACAUCA